AUGGAACGUGUGCUCACGGAACACAUUUUGCAUGAUAAAGAUCGCGUUCCACCAAUAGACAAGAAGAUACUCCACAAGGCGAGACAUAAAAGGUUGGCAGCUGGUCAUCAACCUCCUUCUAAGAGACAAAGGGCACAAAAGACGAAGAAAAUGCUAGCACAACAUGCUUCAAACGGUGAAAAAGAUGAAUCCCUAAGGAUUUUUGAUGAUGAUCCAUAUCAUUAA